AUGGAGCAGCCGCCAGACAGCCGGAGCCCCGACAGGCAUCCCACAGACCCCGCCCCUGAACCAGCAUCAACACCACCACCACAUCCAUCAUCAGCGACAUACAUCGUCGAGCCCACCACCACGCACACUCACUCGUUCGUCUUCCUCCACGGCCUCGGCGACAACGGCCGCAACUUCGGCGCUCAGUUCCUCGAAGCAGGCCACACAUCGACCGGCCACCUCGUCCCACAGCUCCUCCCGGGAGCGCGCUUCAUCUUCCCUACCGCCCCGCUGCGCCGGGCCAGUGGUUUCAAGUGGACUGAAAUUCAACAGGGAUUGAACCCCCAAGCAGUAUUGGGUGAUUAG